UGGGAAGAAAUUGGUGAGGUGGAUGAAAACUACGCUCCGAUACACACAUACCAAGUAUGCAAGGUAAUGGAACAGAAUCAGAACAACUGGCUUCUGACCAGCUGGAUCUCUAAUGAAGGGGCGUCCCGCAUCUUCAUUGAGCUCAAAUUCACCCUGAGGGACUGCAACAGCCUUCCAGGAGGACUUGGGACUUGCAAAGAGACUUUUAACAUGUAUUACUUUGAAUCAGAUGAUGAAGAUGGGAGGAACAUCAAAGAAAACCAGUACAUCAAGAUCGAUACCAUUGCUGCUGAUGAGAGCUUCACAGAGUUAGACCUUGGCGAUAGAGUUAUGAAGCUAAACACAGAGGUGAGAGAUGUUGGGCCCCUAACAAAAAAGGGAUUUUACCUCGCUUUCCAGGACGUGGGUGCCUGCAUUGCCCUGGUCUCUGUGCGCGUGUACUACAAGAAAUGCCCAUCAGUAAUCCGCAACCUGGCCCACUUUCCUGACACCAUCACGGGUGCGGAUUCCUCGCAGCUCCUAGAGGUGUCAGGUGUCUGCAUCAACCACUCAGUGACUGAGGAGGCACCGAAGAUGCACUGCAGUGCUGAGGGGGAAUGGCUGGUGCCCAUUGGGAAGUGCUUGUGCAAGGCAGGGUAUGAGGAGAAGAACAACACCUGCCAAGGUAAGGAUUUGCAGGGAGGGUGCCAUACUGAGUGUCCAAGGUGAUACACGGUCUUGGCUUUCUUCUCUUCCAUAUUUUUCAUGCCUUGUUGUGUUGACAGUGGUGGGUCAGGUUUUCACUUCUGUUGGG